AUGGCUGAGGAAGGAGUAGAUGCAAUUUCCCCAACCAGCAUAACUAGCGAGAAGGAGCCAGAAGACGCCCCUGUGCCCCCCGGCGAGGAGAGCAUCCAAGUGACGGUGGUAACCUUGUCGGGUCGCGAGGUGGCCUCGUUUCUGACGAGCAGCGGGACCCGGGUCUCUUCGAUGAAGAAGCUCAUCCAGGAGGCUGGAGGCCCCGACACGCGCUUGCAGGCUCUGUCCUGCGGCGGUCAAAUCCUGGACAACGCUCAGAGCUGCUCGAGUUUGGGAUGGACAGCAGAUGAGGCUGUCAUUGUUACCAUGGCUCGGGUCGUUGCAGAUGUUGACGAAUGCCUGGCUGCCCUUUUACGUCAAGACCCGCACAAAGACACAAAAUUUCCGCAGGGUUUGUUGGAACAGCUGUUCCUGCUUUGCGCUCAAUGCAAGGAUAUUUUCUUGGCUGAGCCAAUGCUGUUAGAACUGCAGCCGCCCUUUGUCAUCGUUGGCAACAUGCAUGGCUACUACGAGCAGCUGCUGGGACUUUUCAAAAGGU